UAUUCUGCUCCAGCAUUUAGCAGAGGAAAUUGAUGCAUUGAAAGUAUAUUUUUAGACAUGGCAUGCUUUGAUGACCUUGUUAACCCAAUCUCACCAAAUCCUGGUAUUAAAUCAGGACCAUAUAUUAUUGAGAAGGAGACAAAUUAGUUAAACAGCAAAGCAAGUAUGGCCUCACACUUAUUUUUCUUACAAACAAACAACUAUAAUUGGUACCGUCUUUGGUGCAUGUUAUACAUUUGUACUACUAGUAACACAUGGAGAAAAAUAUUAAAUGUAUAUCUUUCUGCAUAAUUAUAUAUAUUAUUGUUCAAUUUUUAGACGGUUAGAAAAACACUAUCCAUUUAAACCAGUUAUGCAGAAUGCCAAGCAAGCAGGAGUUAUCAUCCACAUGUCAAGUGAUGAUAGGUUAGCUCACAACAGCCUCAAAUGAGACAUCACUUCACAAUAAUAAAUAGUUAGAUACAGAGAAACAAGUGCAUAAGUUGUGUGUGGUAAAGAGGCUCAUUCAUUGCAGUGAGGGAUAAGAUUGCAGUUUUUUUUGUUAGACAGUGAACUAUGGCUUCUGCAGCAUCAGCAUCUCUUUUCAAGUCAUCACUUGUUCUUGACAAGUCUGAAUGGGUGAAGGGACAAACCCUCCUCCGCCAACCUUCUUCUGUGUCUGUCGUGAGAUGCAACCCCGCCGCUCCAUCAGGCCUCACCAUCAGAGCUGGUUCAUAUGCUGACGAGCUCGUCAAGACCGCGAAAACAAUUGCUUCACCGGGGCGUGGUAUUUUAGCAAUGGAUGAGUCUAAUGCUACAUGCGGGAAGCGUUUGGCUUCAAUUGGGCUAGAGAACACCGAAGUUAACCGCCAAGCAUGGCGUACACUUCUAGUUACAGUUCCAACUCUUGGAGAGUACAUCUCUGGAGCCAUUCUCUUUGAGGAGACUCUUUACCAAUCCACAACAGAUGGAAGGAAGAUUGUCGAUGUUCUUAUUGAGCAAAACAUUAUUCCCGGUAUUAAAGUAGACAAGGGUCUGGUGCCCCUUGCUGGUUCCAAUGACGAGUCAUGGUGCCAAGGUCUAGACGGUCUUGCCUCUCGGUCAGCUGCAUACUACCAACAAGGUGCCCGUUUCGCCAAAUGGCGUACUGUUGUGAGCAUCCCCAAUGGUCCCUCUGCUCUGGCAGUCAAGGAAGCAGCCUGGGGUCUUGCUCGCUAUGCUGCAAUUAGUCAGGACAAUGGAUUGGUCCCAAUUGUGGAACCAGAGAUCUUGCUUGAUGGAGAACACGGUAUUGACAGAACUUUUGAAGUAGCCCAAAAGGUUUGGGCUGAAGUUUUCUACUACCUUGCUGAGAACAAUGUACAAUUUGAGGGUAUUCUCCUCAAGCCUAGCAUGGUUACUCCAGGAGCUGAGUCUAAGGACAAAGCCUCUCCUACAAAAGUUGCCGAGUACACCCUCAAUCUCCUUCACAGGAGAAUUCCCCCUGCUGUCCCUGGUAUCAUGUUUUUGUCCGGUGGACAAUCUGAGGUUGAAGCAACCCUCAACUUGAAUGCCAUGAACAAAUCUCCAAACCCAUGGCACGUGUCGUUCUCAUAUGCAAGAGCUCUCCAAAAUACCGCAUUGAAGACAUGGGGCGGCCUCCCAGAGAACGUGAAGGCGGCACAAGAGGCGCUCCUUUUCCGUGCCAAGUCCAACUCACUCGCUCAACUUGGAAAGUACAUCGGUGAUGGUGAAUCUGAGGAAGCCAAGAAGGAAUUGUUUGUCAAAGGCUACUCUUAUUAAAAUGUUAGUAUUCGUACAUGUUAGUAAGCAGCACCAACAAUUAAUGAGGGAGAAUGAAUGUGUAAUGUUUUAUAUUCUUGGAGACUAUUUUUGUUUGUGGUUACAUGCAACUUUCCUACUUAAUAAUAUCUCUUGGUAUGAGUA